AGCAUAGACGUGAGGGGCUGGGGGGACUUUGUCUGAACCAAAGAAGAAAGUUUAUUCUGCACGAGUCAACCCCAGCUCUGGUUCCAUGUUCCGGGACUUCAGGAGAACUAGAGUCUUCUUGACUACCCUUUCCUUUCUCUCUAGGAAAUCAUCCAGCUUUCUGAGUACCUCAAAGAGGCCCUACAAAGAGAGCUGGUUCUAAAACAGAAAAUGGUGAUUCUUCAAGACCUACUGUCCACCCUGAUCAGAGCCUCUGACAGUUCCUGGAAGGGACAGCUUAAUGAAGACAAAUUGAAGGGCAAACUGAGAUCCUUAGAAAACCAGCUGUACACCUGUACCCAGAAAUAUUCCCCUUGGGGAAUGAAAAAGGUGCUGAUGGAGAUGGAAGACCAGAAAAACAGCUAUGAGCAGAAAGCCAAAGAGUCGCUGCAGAAAGUGCUGGAGGAGAAAAUGAGCGCAGAGCAGCAGCUGCAGAGCACGCAGCGGUCCCUGGCUCUGGCUGAGCAAAAAUGUGAAGAGUGGAGGAGCCAGUACGAGGCUCUGAAGGAGGACUGGAGGACCCUGGGGACCCGGCACAGAGAGCUGGAGAGCCAGCUCCACGUGCUUCAGUCCAAACUGCAGGGAGCAGACAGUAGAGACUUGCAGAUGAACCAGGCUCUGCAACUUCUGGAGAAUGAGCACCAGGAACUGCAGGCCAAGAUUGAGUGCCUACAGGGAGACAGGGACCUGUGCAGCUCGGACACCCAGCACCUACAAGAUCAACUAAAGAGGUCCGAGGAGGAGAAACUCGCCCUGGUGACCCAAGUACAGCAGUUGCAGAGUCUGCUUCAGAGUCAAUCCUUACAGCUUCAAGAGCAGGAGAAACUCUUAAUAAAGAAAGAUCAGGCUUUGUCUGUGCGGAGCCCAAAGCCCUCCCUUAACGAAGUGGAGCCUGAGGGUACAGGGAAGGAGAAAGACUGGGAUUUCAAAGACCAGCUGCAAAAGAAGACUUUGCAGCUCCAGGCCAAGGAAAAGGAGUGCAGAGAACUGCAUUCCGAGUUAGACAACCUCAGUGAUGAGUACCUCUCCUGCCUGCGUACGCUGCAGCACUGCCGAGAAGAGCUGAACCAGAGCCAACAGCUGCCUCCCAGAAGGCAGUGUGGCCGAUGGCUAUCGAUGCUGGUCGUGAUGAUUGCUAUAGCGCUAGCAGUGUUCGUGGCCAACAAGGACAGCCUGAUGAUCUGAAUAACUUGUGACAGCCGCCUUGGGUGAAAAUCAGAAGCAAAAAACUCAAUAAAAAACUCAAGAAGGUUUGGAUACUUUCAAGUGUGGGUUUUCCCAACUCAACUGAGAUUUUUAACUUUAUUAUUUUUUUUCCAUCUACUGUAAAAUAAACAAAUAAACUUCGCCUGACAA